UGAAUAGUACAGCGCCCAGGCAGGAAGUAGCGGCUGAGUUUGGUCCACACCUUUUCCGGUUUUUCAUUCGGUGCUAGAGAGGCGGCUGCUUGCUGCUGCUGAGGGAACCGAGGGGCAGAGGAGGUGUAGAAUGGUGGACAUGUGCAGCGGGACGGCGGGAGUAGCUCAUACACAGGACGGCUUAUAUCCACGCACAUCCACUUAAGCGCCCCUGAUGACACCGAUCUCAGCCGAAAAAAGAAAGCAGAAAUUCCGUGUGAAUGCUUUUGUAAAGACGCGCUAGGAGGAAGUAAAACGUGAAGGCUGCUGGAGGCCGCAGCCGGGUUGUGAACUGACUGUAGCUGGUGACAGCACUUCAGUGAGCAAAACCUUAAGCUACAUGCCGAGCUGGUUUAAAGGUCUUACCGUGAUCGUGAGGAUUACUGACCGUAUCAGCAACUGUAUUCGUACAAUUCCUUCAGAAAUUUCCCAAUUUGGAAUCUACAGUUCUUAAACUUUAAUCCAUUAACCUUGAAGACAUUGUUUUAUAAACGUAUUUGCUGCUGCUACCAGUAUUAUGAUCCCAGUGGCACAUUUGCACCCAUUUAUCCAGUGAUACCAUUCUUCCCGCACAGUUCCAACUGUUCCAUUCAGAUUGGUUUUCAGUCCAUACCAAUUCACCUACUAAUCUUACUGCAAAGUAUUUGUUCCUACUCCAAGAGUCGUCUCACACAUUGCAUGUUGAGCAUAUUUUCUCCGAGGCUGAAGGAAAUUUAUGAACUAUAUAAACCAUGGGGAAGAUGCUAUCAAAGAUUUUUGGUAACAAGGAAAUGAGAAUAUUAAUGCUGGGCCUGGAUGCCGCCGGUAAGACCACCAUCCUUUACAAACUAAAACUGGGCCAGUCGGUCACCACCAUUCCCACGGUGGGCUUCAACGUGGAAACGGUCACUUACAAGAACGUCAAGUUCAACGUAUGGGACGUAGGCGGUCAGGACAAGAUCCGCCCACUGUGGCGCCACUACUACACAGGCACGCAAGGCUUGAUCUUCGUGGUGGAUUGCGCAGACAGGGAUCGCAUCGACGAGGCCCGACAGGAGCUGCACCGCAUCAUAAACGACCGAGAGAUGCGAGACGCCAUCAUCCUGAUCUUCGCCAACAAGCAGGACCUGCCCGAUGCCAUGAAGCCGCAUGAGAUUCAGGAAAAGUUGGGACUCACGCGCAUAAGAGACCGCAACUGGUACGUGCAGCCGUCGUGCGCCACCACCGGCGACGGACUGUACGAGGGUUUAACGUGGCUGACUUCCAAUUAUAAAUCUUAAUGACCGCUCAGUUUGGUCUGGACUGAUUUAGUUAGAAAGGAAAAAAAUAAACCCAGUGGCAUAAAAUUAA